AUGCAGGUGCCGAAAUCUUCGCCGCCACUCGACGGAACGCGCGGCGCCAUGGGCGCGUCGUCGAGGCCGCGCGAUCACACGUCGUGCCUCGUCCUCGUCUGCGGCCACCCCGCGAGCGGGAAGAGCCGCGCGGCGGCGGACAUCGCGUCGCGCGUCGCCGCGGCCGUCCCCGACGCGCCGGCGCCCGUCGUCGUCUCCGAGGACUCCCUGCACAUCGCGCGCAACGCCGGGUACGCGCACGGGCACGCGGAGAAGAACACGCGCGCGUCGUUGAAAUCGACCGUGGAUCGACUCCUGCGGAAGGACGGCCCGAUCGUGAUCGUGGACUCCGGGUGCGGGAUCAAAGGGUUCCGGUACGAGCUAUGGUGCAUCGCGAGGGCGGCGGGCGCGCGCCACUGCGUCGUGCACGUGGACGCGCCGAUCGACGACGCGCGACGAUGGAACGCGUCGAGGAGGAGGAGCGACGACGACGACGACGAGAAGGAGUGGGGCGGGUACGACGCGCGCAUCUUCGAGGACCUCGUCGUUCGGUUCGAGCGGCCGGACGGCAAGAACCGCUGGGACGCGCCGCUUUUCACGCUGCGGCCGCCGACGGCGACGACGACGACGACGACGAAUUCGACGCCCGCGCUCGACGACGAGUGCGGGGAGUACAAGGACGCGACGAGGGAGGAGACGUUGACCGCGGCGGUCGCGGCGAUCACGGGACGCGGGAUCGGCGGCGGCGGCGGCGACGGCGGCGGGGCGUCGGGCGGAGGCGGUAACAAGGUCCUCGCGCCGUGCCAGGCGACGCAACCCGGGUUGGGCGCGAGCGCGCUGAGCGACACGAACUUGAGGGCGGAGAUGGACCUCGGCGUGCAGGAGGUCAUCGAUGUCAUCGUCCGCGCGGAGGCCGAGAGCGGCGGCGGCGGCGGCGGAAGAGCGGAGUACGCGUUCGGGGAGGGGCUGCCCGCGCUUCGAGUCGCGGCGCCGCCGAGCCUGCAGCAGCUUCGACGGAUGAAGCGGACGUUUUUGAAGAUGGUCGGCGGCGGCUUGGCGCGGACGACCGUCGCGCGCCUCGUCGUGAAGAAGAUGUUCAUCGAGUACGUCGCGCAGAGCGCCGAGGGAUCGCGCGAUUGACGAGCGAGCGAGCGAACGAACUGAACGACGCGAACGCGCGCGAGCGAUGAAGAUUUAGUACUGUAACCUCUUAAUUAGUC